AUGAAAGAGUCCAUAUCGUCAGGCGGAUCGAUGCAGGCUCUUCCACCUUCAUCGACCUGUUCUACAGCUUUGCUGGAGCUUAUAGAAGCUAGCAAAAUAAUAACUUGCAAAACCACCAAUGCCACCAAUAAUAAAUUAAAAAAUGAGGAGUGGAAUCGUAUAGCAGUGCGAUUCAAUGCCUCAGUGACAGUUUGUCGUCGUACAACGCAGCAACUGCGUUUAAAGUGGGAGAAUUUAAAGAAGAACGCACGUAAACGCAGCACAAAUGAAAUAAAUCUUUCAUAUUUUCCUGGAGGACCUGGUGACUAUAUUCCUCCAGAUGAGAUAUUGGACCGGGUCACCAGUUUGCUAGGAAGCACAGCCACUGGGUUUGAAGUGCCCUUUGGUGGUGAUAGAGAUAUGGAUUGUGGCGAUGAUGGUGGUUGUAAUGAAGGUGAUAGUAGUCGUGAGGGUGGUGUUGGUGGUGAAGCCCAAAUAAUAGAUAUAUAUUUUGACCCAAAGCCGGGUACAUCCACUGAUAUCAAUAAUGAAACCCCGGUGCUCAAUCGCAAGGUCUAUGCGGUGGAGGAAGACAUUCCAAUUUCCAAACCAAGAAAGGUUUUAUUCAGCACACUAAAGCCCCGGAUACACUAG